CACUUUGUAGAUAUAAAUAAAAAUAAUAAUUAUUAUCGAUUAGUAUGAAUAAAAGAGCAAUUGAAAGUGGACGAAAAUUGAUGACAAGGAAAGAUACCUGGCUUUUAUUCCAGGAAUGCUUUUAUUCGAGAAAAAUAACUUUUCAAAGUUGCUAAGUGCACACGUCUCUUUACACUUUUGUUGGAUUAAAGGAUGACAAGGUACUUGUCCUUUUCCAAUCCAAAAAGACAAAAGAAAAGUAUUGUAACGUCUGCAAUUUCUGGUCGAUAUAUCUCAAUCUUUUUAAACAAAAUAUUUAUCGUGUUACUACAUUAUUUACGUAACAUAUGUUGGCAUACAUUUAGUAGUAUCUUUAUACGAUUAUAGAAAUUUAUUUACUAUAAAAAUAAAAUGUAGGACGUCUGUAGAGAAAUUAUUUCAUUGGGAAAUAAUGGUAAGUGCAAAUACGUGCUUUCUGUAACUGUGCCCUGUACAUUUCUUGUUUCAGUUCAAACGUACAGAUUGUUUCAUUCCAAUUACACGACAUAAAGAAUCAACUGAAACACUUAUGGACAGUGUAUAUCUGUACUUUGUGUAUGAGUAUACACUUUUAGUUUGGAAUUUCUUCUAACAUGCCGAAAUUACAUCACACUCUCGAAGAUCUUUAAGGUUGGGUUUGGAAAACUUGGAACGUCCCUUGGCUGUUCUUGAAUUGAAUUUGCCGCCGACGUUCAAGAGUUCCAGGUUGCUGAAUAUUUUGACAGUGUUGAAUGGAAUUCUUUAGCGUCUCGAAAAUCUCAGGAAAUAUUUAGUAUCUUAAAUUGGACAAGCUGGAAUAGCGUUAAUCUUGCAAGUUUUAGAUUAGUCUCUUUUUCCAUUUGUUUGCAUGUAUGCAGAAGAGACAGAGAUUGGGUUAGUUUUAUGUACACGAUAAAGAAGUUAGAAUGAUGUUUAAAAUACAAACUUACGAGAGCUUAAAACUGGGUAAAGUUCACGGUGGCUGCAAAAUUAUCAAGGUAGAUAUUAUUUAAUUCGUUGAUUACCAUCGAAUUAUAGAUAAUUGUGUAAUUGUGAGAACUUUAAACAUGUGAAAAAAUAAAAUAACGGGUUUGCCAUAAUAUUGGAUUGUUGGGGAAGUUGGUAAUAUUUUUGGUGAUUGAUAAACAUAUUUUAUUACAUGAGAUUGAAAGGGAAUACAAUUUUUUUUAUUUAAUUCUGUUAAGUAAGUUAGAUUCUGUUAAGUAACAAGGUGCAGAACUAGGUUAAACAUUAAGUUCAAUAAAUAAUGAAAAAGAUGUAACGAAUAGAUUAAUAGAAAAGAUAUUUUUCAACGAGAUUUCGUUGGGCUUUUUAAUCGUCUUUUCUUCUAUUUAUUCCUAAUUCUUAGCAAAAUUUUAAGUAAUAUCUAUAAUAAUAUAAUAAUAAGAAAGUAAUAUCUAAUCUUUAUGCGAAAUAUAAAAACACAAAAAUGCGAGAAAUAUCGAAAAUAUAAUAUUUCGUUGUAAUAUUUAGAAAAUGAAACAACCUACUUAAAUUCACAAAGAUAUGAAGAUUUGCAUAAUCCGUAAUCUUGUUCAGACAUUUAGUAGGAAGCCAGUGUUUCAGGACAGUAAAGCUCGCUUAUAUUAAUGUCGAGAAAGGACAGAGAAGCAACUGAAGAUAAAUUGAAACUGUUAAUUUUAAAAGUUCAGGAAAAAAAGAACAGCUCGUAUAUUAAUCAGAUGCAAGUAUGUUUAAAACGAGUAAAAUAUAAAUUUAGCAAGGUUGGACAUUGUGCUUUGCAUACGUUUAAACGUUAUACAUUUGUUAUGCAAAGUUCUGAAGCUACUAGUCGUUAAUAUUCACACGGCGGCGAUAAUUCAUUACAGCCAGCGUCAAUGGAACCGACGUCCCCAUCAAUCUCGAUUAAAUUCAUAACGAGACCAGGAAAUUAGUAGUCGCGAUUGAGCUUUCCGUACGGUUAAUAAUUAAUAAAAUGUAUUAUAAUUGACUAGCGUGUUACGCGGCCAACGUAUUUCAUCGCCCAAUAAUCUGGCACUUUAUGAUCAUCUAUAGUGUUGAUCAGAAACAAUUAUACGUUGAGUAAAUAUAAACCACUAUUCGCUAAAUGAAUAAAUUAUUAUUUCAAAUAAUACAAGGUAUAUCGACAAACAAGGAAUUUUGUAAUCAUUUUUAUGAUUCACUGCAGUUAGUCGCAGUUUAUCGUCGAUUAAACACGUAUCAUUAUCCGCUGCAUGAAUAAAUUGCUAUUUCAUAUGGUAGAAGAUUUGCCAUCGACAAAUUUCGAUGAAUUUUAUGAUAAUUUGUGCUUGUAUACGAUAUACAAAACUGUACAAAAUAACCAAAGUAAAAUCCUCGUUAUAGCAUUUAGAGGAUGAAGCAAAUUUUAGUUAAAGUUCGUUUCUUUAGUUGGUUCCAUAGAAUUAAGUGUUUCUAUAAAUUAUGCGGACGCAUAAACAUGAAAACAGUCUAAUUAAUAGCUAUUCAGUAAACUAUUAUGCAAAAGGUCUCUGAUUAUACAAGUUCCGUUGCAGUUCCAUUGAAAGACGAGACAAAGUCGAAUUAGGAAAUUCGGUGCAAGAAAGUGGAUCGAUAGACGAGCGUGUCAUGCCCAAAAGGCACGAUAAUGUGGUUCGUUUCAUGGUCCGACGGAUGAACUCGUUUAUUUAGAGCAACAAGUGCCUGCACAUUACGCAAAGCUCCGUUGUAUCAGGGCUGAACAAGAAAUCUUUUGUCAAAGCGACGCUGAAUCAGGCGAUUUCAGCCAAGAAAAUAACGUCAAAGCCGAAAGACAAUAACGGGAUAAAUCAGUCGAGCCUUUUGUGCAAUUUAAUUCUACGAAUAGUAUUAACGACGAUCGCCCGUUUAAGCCUUGUAUCGCUUCUUCGUCGAUCGAUUAUCUUCGUCAAAGGAUCGAUCAAUUAUGCAAUUAAGCGCUGAUCGCUUAGUGAAGCCGAUUGAUUAGUAAACAGCUACACAGUGUUCCACGAUGUAAUCGGAUUUCGCUAAUAGAAGGGAUUUUCAAUGGUAAGUGGCAAGUUCUUGGUUACUACUGAAAGGGGAAAAUUGGAAGAUGACUCGAUGAAAGGUAUUAUUAAGUGAUGACUGUUUAUUGGAUGUUCGUUAUUUUCAUAUCGUUCAUUCGGCUAGAGACUAUUUGAUGUUUUAUAAUUUUCAACGAAUUUCAUGUGAUUUGAUCGGUGAAGUUUUGUAUUUUGAAUUCUAUAAACCUUACGCAUUGUUAAAAUUAUAUGGGUUAAGCGUGGAAGAUCAAAAUGUGACGAACUCUUAGUUGAGAAUUUCACAUUCUAAUUUUAAGCACAGAAACUUUGAACUUCGGAUCCUAUAAGCUGAACACUUAGUUAUUCUUUGGUUAAGCAUAAAAUAUUCAAAUUUCAAGAUUUUCUACUACGUUCACUUAUUUUUCUACUAUGUCGCAUUCUUAGGCUUACAUUUGUUAUUCUUUCAUUAUACUCUUGAACAUAAGGUAUUCGAAUAAUAAUUUCUUAGUCGGGUUCUGUAUUUUCAAUCUUCUGCACUUUGGAUUCUUCAGGUAUAUUGUUCGUUUAAGCAUAGAAAAAAUACAAGCUUUUGAUUCGUCUAAAUAUAAAAAACUGUUCAAAAUUUUGUCAAUUAGGAAAUUUGUAUUUUUUUAGACUUUGCAGUCUAGUCGAUUCGUUUUAAAUUCAAAGAUUAAAACGAGCUUUGAUCUGUAAUUUUUAAGGAUAAAAAAUGUAUUCUUUGCAUUCGAUAUUUUGAUGCUGAAAUAGUUUGUAACGUUAGACUUUCACUCUUCAACUUUAGGCUUUUGGUUUUCCGACUUUGAUCCUUUAAUCUUUAAGCCUUAAUUUUCGAUUUUCAACUUGACCUUUUGACUAUUAAACUUCGAUUUAGAACUUUGGACUUUUGUCCUUUGAUUUUCAACUUUGAUGUCCUAACAUCAAAUUGAAAAUUGCGAGCUUUACGUCUCUAGACAAUAAAUCUUAAACCUUACAUUUUUAAACAUUGAUUUUUCGAUCCUCCAGCCUUCAAUCUUACAUUUAGGGGAACCUUAAAUUCUGUAUUCUGUACUCUAAAAAUCGAUACUGAAGCCAUUACCGAAACCAUGUCCAAAUAGAACCUAUCAAAGGAACCAACCUCGUUUAUUUCACAUCACAAUCCACUCCUUCAGAGAAUGAUUUUAAUCUCUGAGAAAGCGAUAUAAAUAUCGAUAGCCUACAGCAAUUGAAGUAUUAAUGAUAUUUUCAAUCAUUCAGACGUUUUAAUUGUUUCUCUCUAUCGUAUAGAAUAUCAUACUAAUUGAAAAAUGACGAUCUGUCUAAACUAACUAAAAAUCCUAUCUGAGUCACUUACAUUGUUCAACAUUUUAUAGUCCAUGAAAUUUAUCUUAAAUUUUUAAUCAUUAAAUUUUGCGAAUUUUUACGUAAAUUCAUAUUUUGGGGGAUAUAAUUAAAAAAGUAGAACCUCGGUAGAAAAUCGUUUCAGCUAAUAAGCAUCGCAUUACAAAGCACUACACUUUGUAUAUCUCAAAUAUUUCCUCAAAUCAAGUGCAUUUCGCGAAAUCACUUCGUAGACUACCUACGAAUGCCUGUUAAUCAUUCCGCAAUUUAAAUAUCCCAUGUUUAAAAAUACGGUGCACAAAAAACGUAACAAAUGUAAUUCCAAGAAUCCAAGGGUUGCGCGUUCAAAAAAAAAAGUUCAUUCAAUUCGUUCUGAAAGAUUUAGUAAAACACGGGUCAACAACGAUCGUCCACCUUGACAGUUAACGUGUUGAUUAGACCAGGCACAGAGUACGCGGUUAAUUAAAGUUACUGCGCACGUUCAUUCUGCGACGAAACAUCGUAUACCCACCACCCUCUGCUGCAUAACGUUCACCAUCCGGCGUUAUAGCCUUUCUUUUGCUUCCCGCACCCAUGGCGCAGGGCCGACGUUUAGGAACAUUGCGGACACGCCGUAAAACGCCCACAAGGCUGUGAUGACGCGAUCAAUGACGAUCACCCGAACCAUCCUGUUAAUCUGGAAAUUUGUUUUUAGUCGCCCGCGGACGGAAGGCGUCUACCACGCCAUAAAACCACGAUAAUGACAUUGUCGAUGGGUCUUUUUUUCUUUCAGCUACUUUUUUCCCCCCUGGAUAUCAUUUUUAUGGUUAUGGAAGCUACUUUGUGAGCCAGGCUGCGAGCUCGAAAUCGAUAGCGAACGAGGUACACGGGCCUUGUAUCCUUUGCGGAAAAAAUUAUGAUCGCCGUUAACGUUACGUGUUCCCUUUCCGAUGUGUAAACUUUGGGUACUUAGGUUUUCGUCGGAUUUGGAGGAAGUUUUGGAUAUUGCUAUAUAUAGAUCCUCAAAGUUUGGAUCAUGAAUUGAUUUCCAGAAUCCUCGCAGGAUAAAUUUGCUCUUUUAUUUAUUUUAAUUAACAGCACGUAUUUUUUUCAUCGAUUACAUAUAGUUGCAUAAGAUAAGAUCAAAGGCCAAAAAGAAAUGAAAUAGGUUUAUUUGAACUAUAUUUCACGUUUCAGCAUCUAAACUUUCGCGGCGAAUAGAUGACACGAAUGUGUCUUCGAGUUUCGAUCGUGGUUUUAUUAAUACGUUGUGCUUUUGUUCCGACGUUUCACUUUAUCAGACCAGACCCGAACAAUUUUUCGUAUUAAUAAAACCACGAUUGAAACAUGAGUUACACUUGAAAGAAUCCCAAUACAUACAGUGUAUUCCCGUACUACGCGGGAAAUACGGAACUCGAAGAACCAUAAAUGUUAUAUUUCGUACGAUUGGAAUCGUUUCAAAGAGUUCCGAUACGGUGCACCCUCAUACUACGCGCGAAAUACGUCUGACAAUACGAACCACACGUGUAAAAGUAUUUUACUAUAGAAAAAGUUGGCAUGUUAAAUUUAUCUAACGCGUUACAUACAAAAGCGUUUAUGGCGUAUUCUGAGUACUGAUCGCAAUUCUUUCAUCACAUGGUAUUAUACUUACAGGGCAACAACAUACAGGCGUGCUACCAUAUUUAUAUAAAAUAUGCACGUAGCGUGUCAUGGUGCACAGAUUCUUUGAUAAAUAAACGGAUUGAAUUUUGAAACGUCGUAGAGUUUGUAACGGAACGCUUACGUAACAAUUUUCCAGCAAGGUUUGCAUUCAAUCAGGCAUAUGUUCGAACAGAAUCUAUCAGGAAAAAUGCGAUUGUAUUAUGCAUGAACCAAGCCGUGGAACUCUUCGAAGUCUUCGGGAUCGAUCCAUUCUUCGUUCGAGUGAUCGAUGAAGAAGGAUAAGGAGAUAUAAGUUGAGAUUGGUAAAAUUGUGUCGGAAAUCGAAAGCUUUUUGGGGAAUAAUUAUUGAUAGAAUUUUCACCGUAAUUUUACCAGAGAAGAUUUUACAAUAGAAAAUAAAUAGAAAAGUUACGUGUCGUAUUCCGUGGAAACAAUGGCAUUAAAUAUUGUGUUAAUCGUAUAUUUCGAACUUUCUGUGUCGAUCUACAUUCGGUGAUCGAUAGAGUAGAAUUAAACAAAAAACAUGGAGGUUGGUAGAAUUGCGUGUAAAAUCGAAAUAUUUUUCCAAGGAAAUUGACAUUUACACACACAUGGAAAUUUUAUAAUAGAUAGAAAAUUAAUCGAGAGCGCGUAUUUGCCAUUCUGUGGCAAGAAUUAAAUUAAAUGUUACAUUAUAUUUAUUAUAUGUUGUUUCAAAGUUUUUGUCUCGAUUUAUUCAUCUUAUCGAAUUCAUUCGAUAAUCGAUGGACUAGAUUAGUGGAACAAAUUGAGAUUGGCAGAAUUGUUGAUUUAUGUCGAAAGUUAAAAUUUCGUCGAGAAAAUUUAUCGAAAAAAUUUCCAUUCAAAUUUCAUCAAUGGAAAAUUAAUUCAAAAAUUAUAUAGGUAUUUCACGUUUCGACAAAAAAUUGAAUUAAAUAUUACGUUAAUUGUGUAGUUUUCAUUAAAUGAUCCGUGGGGCGAAAUAGCAAAAUAAAUUGAAAUUGAUAGAAUUGUCGAUAUGUGUUGAAGGCCAAACAUUUUUCGAGCUUUAUAUGUCGUUGGAAGAUUAAUUGAAGGAUUAAAAUAAUUGAAAAAUUACACUUGAACACUUUAUGUGUGCUGAUUGUAUAUUGAAUGAUUUUAUUCAAAUGAUGUUUUCCGAAGCUUAACGGAAUAUUCAAUAACACGUCACAUAUUCGAAUAUCUGCUGAUUUCAUACAAAACAUGAUAAUUGGUCCAGAUUGUCAGCGAAAGAAUUUAAUCGAUCAGAAUCUUAUAUCAAUACAAAAUAACGAUUCACAAUCUACAGUAAAUAUUUGUAAAAAUGAUGAAUUAAGAGCAGUGUAUUUAUAAAUAUUCAUCAUAAACAUAUAUUUCUCUUCCGAUGUUUGAGAAAAUGUAAUAUACAUACAAAGGAAAUUUAUUACAAUAUAAUAUAAUCUAAAUAUAUUUAUUAUAAUAUAAUAUAAGUUUAUUAUAAUACAGAAAGAUCGUUUGGAUCGCUUUUAUUUAUUAACGAAUUAUACAACAUAGAAAUUAUUGUUUACAGUAAUAAAUACAAUUAAAAAUUGUCUAUGAUUGAAAAUCGUUGCUUUUAAAAGAAAAUAGAUGUCUUGACCAAAAUAAUAUCUAGCAUAUUGUUUUCUACUCCUUACUUAUACAAUAUAAAAGGAAUAAUAUCGAAAAAGGAUAUCAGAAGAGAAACUCUCAUAUUUUGAAUUCUUAAUUAAUAAUUGCGGAGCACAAACAAUGUGCAAAAAUAUGCAGAAUAUCUUAAGCAAAGUAAGAUUAUGAAAUUUAACCGCAUAGCAUAGUCAAUCCAUCUGAUAUUUGACAGUUUCAUUAUUUUAACCAUUGACAUGUAUAAUAUAAAUCCAAGCUUAUAUUAAAACAUAUAUUAAAAAAGUAUAUAUCAUACACGUAAUGUAAAACAUAUAAAAUUUAUAUUAUUUAUAAAGGAUCACAUCCAUUUUCAUCAUAUUCAUUUUAUUGUAAACAAAUUUAAUUAUUUUAAAAGGAAGAAACAUUUGUACAUUGCGAACUGAAAGUAUGAAACAGACUUCUAUUUAUAUUCCGCUAUUUUGUGAAUCUGUAUAAGCAUUAGCAAUUUAACAAUCGUUUUGCAUUUAAUUCUACCAAUUUUUCGAUCUUUCCUUUACACCUUCCUUUUCUUUGUGUUUCAUUAUAAUACGUUUAAAAAACUUAUUCGUUAUUCACCGGGUAACCAGACAGAAUAAUAACAUUGUUCUUUUGUAUAUGACGGGAAACAAAUGGAUAGAAGUUUCGUUAUCGCCAACUUUGAUAGGAAAAAUAUAUUGAAGGCAACGAAACAUCCUUCGUGGAGAACAAUAAGAAUAGAAACGGUGUUCGCGUGAAUAUGAAAGUGAAGGACCGUCGUAACGCUAAAGCAUGAAAACCAAGAAAAUCCACCUAAGCGAUCGCUUUAGAAUGAACGCCUUGGCGUAACCUUUAAGCCAUAAAGCCAUGUUCAAAGUAUAAAUAAGCAGAGCAGAGGAUAUCUCGAUUUCUUUAUAUUCCAUAAAGUAGCGUCCGAUCUUCUCCUUCCUUCUUUCUUACGGUGCAAAACACAAUAUCAGUGUUUUAAGAAGCCACUUCAAUGAGAGAAAAACGGAAAUACGAAUAUAUUAACGAAGAAACAGUAGAUUGAAAAAAUGAAAAUUAUUCCUUUCAAAAACGAAAUUUUGUUAGCCUACCAGCUGCCUUUUCUUUUUUUUUUUUUUUUUUUUUUGGUGGUAGAAACUUUUCGAAAAAAGGCAUAAUAGUAGCUUCAAGAUACGAUUCUUUUAUCUACACGUUUUGUCUAAACAUAAUCUUAUACUUAAACGAUAUUAAUGUUAUUCUCGUGUUAUAUUGUCUGAAGUAAUACGGCCUUGUAAAUAUUAUCUAAAAUAAUAUUAUCUUAUGUCUCGACUAAAUAUUGUCUGAAAAUAUCUGACUGUUUAUAUUUUGUCAGGUUAAAAUCAGAUUUAUCUAAAUUUCACGUUUCACCCGUAACAUAACUAUGCUACAUGAGUAAAGCGUGGAACCUUGCAAAUUUAAAUAUUAUCAAAUAUGACGAGCGUGGUAACUGUGCUAUCAAAAUAAGGAAGUUCUCUUCUAUGGCACUGUGGUAUGGAAACUUAGUCGAACUGUUCUAAUUAUUGGAUUUUAUGAGUACUUCGUAACAUGUUAACACUUCCCUUGAUCGUAAAGGUAUCCCUCAAGAACACAAGAAACUAUGAAGUUUCGUGGCUAGCGAACAACUUAGCAAAUUCAAUGGAAGUUGGUUUUGAAUUACAGGAAGCAAGUAAAUAUGAGAGUAUAAGCCAGCUGCGGUUGUUUAUGCAUUUAUCGCAAGUGUAAAUAUGAAAAAUGUAAAGGGAAAACAUAUUUUUAUUCGUGCUCUGUGAAAAUAUGAAUUUCUGCAAAACAUUUGUAUAUAAACAUCUACAAUAUAGAAAAACUGCGAAAAUAUUUUUUACGAAUGAUUAGUAACAAGUAUAGUGAAUUUUAUUGUUCAAUAUGAUUGCGCUCUUUUCUCAAACAAAUUAUUUAUAAAGUUUCACUAAAUAAUAAUUCUUCGCUCGAUACUGCGUUAUUAUACCAAAUAACAGAAAUUUAUUUAACAAUUUUUCUAAAUUAAAUAAUGAAAAUAAUCUAGGAAAUUUAAUAGACUAAAUAAUAAAUCAAAAAAUACAAAUAAUUUUGCCGAUUUUCAUUAAACUAUAUGUACUAUACAAGUGAAGUAUAUUUUUUAUAUAUUUUUCUACAUCUAGGUUUCUUUAGAUCAAAGCACUGCCACAAGCAGUGAAAAUAAACAAUUCAAUAAAUUUUCACCAAACGAUAUUUCAAAUAAAUCAAUUUCAAAGAAAGAUAUUUUAUCUUCAAGUUUGUACUGGCGGUAUAAAAAAAAGUAUAAAAUACUCGAUUCCUAACUAGAAACCAAACCAGCAAAAUGUUUCACAACACGUUAAAGCGAAGUGUUUCGACAAUCAUCGUCUGACUCGUUGGGGCUAUUAAAAUGAUGCAUUAAUCUAACCAGCCAUUGUUUCGUGCCAUUAAAUCCUCCCGAGAUGUCUAUCAACCAACCCCGACGAUCGUAUUUGCUGACUUCCUUACGAGCUUUCCGCGAAAGCAGAGUAAAUAACAGUUUGUUGAACUUUGUAAAGAGAGUGCAACAUUGAAUGGAUGCUCAUCAAUCACGGUAGCCACGUGUAUUCGAAUCUUGCUUGUCUGCGUUCACACUUGUCGUGUCACGCAUAUUUCACUUGUAAAAUCCGUUUCCACUAGCAUAUACGAUUCGAUGUUGAAUGAAAGUGUCAACGAUUUGGUUAUAUACAUAUCGCUUUUAUGCUGUCAGAAUAUUCAUCGUUGAAAUAUCGCUGGCUAUCAAACUCUGGCUGAGAUAUUUAUUAGAUAGAAUUUGUAAUAACACAUCGAGCACCUCCGUUUCACGUGGGUUGACUAGCUAGUGCAGUUUAAACACCCGCAGAUCAAUAUCUUUAAACUUCUUCCCAAACACCAAAGCCAUUUAUUCUAUGCAUAUAGAAACAAAACUAUUAAUAAUAACCCAUUUUGUGGAUCCUUAUCUUUCUUUAGAACUUAUAUCUUAUUUAUAUGUUCUAUUUUAUCUACAUUCUAAGCUACUUCACGCAUUUACCUAAUUUACAUUUACACGAUUAUACCUUUAUCUAUAGUAAUUCAACAGGGUAUUUUACAAGGCUGUUUAAAUAUGUAAUAAUUAUUCGAUUUAAUGGUUUAACAAAUUAUCGUUAAGUUCAAGGUACUUAUUUGAAAAAGGUAAGAACAAUUAAACAAAUUUUACCGAGUCAAAUAGACAAACAGGUUUGGACACGCAAUUAACAAAUAUCAUCGUAGUAAAUCAUCCCAAGUGUUUAUCUAGCAGCACAACAUCCCAAAACCUUAAUAACCAAAGAACCAAAACAACAUAUUCUUUCAUAAACAGAUGAAAUUAAUCGAAUAAAUAUGUAUUUGCCAAACUAAGUAGCCGAUAAUCCCAGAUAAUUGUCUUACGAUCUUGCUUAUUAACCUCAUUCAUAAAAUAUUUUAUGAAUCCAAUGAGAUCAUCUUCGACUCAAUCGUCUCAUAAACCAACCUACCACAACCAAAAAGUCCUCGAGACCAGCCAUCACUCGACAACCGUCUGAUUCAAUUUCUUUUGCAAGUUGCCCACAUUUACCCGCAACAGCUGUUAAGUUGGCGAAACGGUGACUACAUGGAGGCAGCAGUCUGCCGCCCGCCACUCGCCCGCUAUAAAACCUCUCUCCAUAAAAGACCUCUUUUUCAAGACCCAGACAUAUCCAAGACCCACAGAAUCACGCGCGAGUUGGAUUCGAAAAGCACGUUAAAACGAACAGAAAAAAAAAGAAACGCAAAACAAAGGAAAAUAAAAGAGAGAGAGAGAGAGAGAGAGAGAAAGGGAGAGAAAGAGAGAGACAGAAGGAGGAAAAGGCACAAGUGUUGGCCGGUGUGUGCGACUCGUUGCGGAACGGAAGCGUGAACGAUGCACGGGGUGGCCGGGGCCGGGUUAGCAGCGUUAGAGUCCGGGGGUGAAAAGGGAAGAGAACGGCAGGUGUCUCGAUGGGGUGGUAGGGAGAUGCGCGGUGUAUUAAACCCGGUGACUCUUGCCGCGCAGCGUGGGAGUUAGUUCUGGUGAGGGCGCCAGCCAGCUCACUCGCUAAACUAACCCACCGUCCCAACCCUUCGAUCCUCCAUCCCUCGACUUUCGGCCAACAAAGCAACAUCCACGGCCGCAACCUCCUUUUACCGACUCCGCAGCCGCUGUUUUUUCGCGACUUCCUGCCCGGCCCGCGUCUAAAUACCGUACGACGUACUGAGAAAGGAAAAGGAAUCGGUGACCAUUCAACAAACAGGGAAAGAACAACUUUUCUUUGGCAUUCUCGCGUCUCCCAGAACCUACGUGUAUACGUACGUUACGUAUACUCUGCUCGCGGCAAAGGCGAGCAUGCGAGCAACACAAACUCGUAGCAAGAGAACGUAACAGCUGAGCAUAGAAGAAUAGUAGAAGAAAGUGAAUUCAUUUUUGAAGAGGUUCGAACGAGCAACGAAUAGUACGAGGCAGCGGGAUAUAACAAGAUUAGAAAGAAAGGAGGAAACAGGUUGGUCCCCGUGGUUACGUCGAUCGACGCGUUUUUAACCGGACGUUCUCGACGUCAUCGUCGUGGAUGACGAGUAUCAGCGAACGACAGCCAGCAACAUGUUAGUGGACUGGUGUUCGCACCAUUUUGUGUUCGCGUGAUCCGGUCCGUCGGUGAUGAACAAACUGGAUGAAACGGUAGCCCGUCACGGCAAGAAUAAGCUAGCCGCUGAAUAAACCAAGUUUAAACACGAGUACGUUUACGGGUAUUGUAAUCGACUGUAAAACGAGUUUCCACGAGUAGAAGGUCGUUGAAAGUUGUUCAAAGAGUAUCGACGAUCAUCGAUCAGACUUUAGAGGAUUUUACGUGCAAGAACUGCGAGGAAGAAGAAGAAGAAGAAGAGUGUUAUGUGCGACGGGAAACGGAAGAUUUGAACUUGGCAGGGAAGGUUAUCUGUUAGUCGUAUCGCAUGAGAAAAGGUCCCACGGUGGGAAGGAGGCGCAGAAGGGCGAAGAUAUCGCAGCACGCAGUCACAGAAGCAAGUAUUUCGCACAGAAACACACGUUAAAUCAUAUGUAAACACAUCAUAUUCUGUUAAUACACUGGGUAAUGUUCCGCAACUGCACCUCUGCCCGAUAACUUUCUUUUUUCUCUAUAUAUACGUGCACAUAAUAUAUAUAUAUAUAUAUUGUAUUCUCUCUCUGUUCACACGCGCCGCCUGUGUUGUGUCACACUCUAUCACUGUAUGAUCGAUGUGCGUACUAUGUUCUUCUACUCCUUCGGUGUUUUCGACGUCACGACGACCAGCUGUGUCGUCCGGCGCCUUAAUUAAUCCCCUUCCUUCCCACCCCCUCAUCCCCUAAACCAGGAGCACGGUUUUGCACAUUUUUCGGGCACCUGUUGAUCUCUCUCGUACUACAUAGCCACUUUUCCGCACUUUAAAGUCGUUCGGAGAGUUCGAUGUCACCGCUGCACGCCGUGUCACACCGCACGUAGAAUCUCGUAUAACGCCUCACUGGCACACAAGCACUUCCAAAAGUCAAGCACCGUGAACCGACACACGAGGCCCUUCGACAGCAUGGAAACCAGAGAUAGAAAGCAGUUUUCUAUGACGUCAUCGAGGACAGUAAGUGUCUAAUUUAAGACAGAAACCAGUAUAGAGAAUCUGCAGACGCAGCCAAGGGACCGUAAGUGGUCGUGGAUCCUGGAAAUUGGACUUUCGAUUUCUACCGGGGAAAGUAGAGGGAUCAGAAAGUGGAGAGUAGUAUGUUGUAAUAGUGACAGAGGAGAGAAAGAAUCGCGAUGCAGGCAACAGGGAGAGAGGACAGGGGUAAGAGCAGGAGGACCAGGAGAAAAAUCGAAUUUCGUUGUUGCCCACACUAUCGAGCACCUUAAUAAGCAUCCACGACCAGCACCAGCACCAUUCAUCACUGGCACUGCAUAUUAUUCUCCAGACACACGCCUUAGUGUCGACUAAGAGCCAUCCUUUUUUUUUUACUAACGGCCUGAUUUCAGGACGCGGAAAUCCUCGAGAGCCUCUGUUGACAUUGAGUGGAACAAAUCGUCGGGAAUUUUCGGAAAUGCGACAUUAACGAGACACGAUCGUGGACUGUGCAACGAUCGCCGACCGAAUCGAGUCGAAUCGAAGAGAAACGAAGACAAGAAGGAAAUCGAAAGAGAAUAGAAUAGGUGAUGUUCUUAUUGAUCUCCCUAUUCCGAUUAUAUCCGAAAAUUUAGAAGAGUGUCCGAUGAAAGAAGAAAAGCAGCAAAGUAGAAAAACGAGAGAUAGAAUAAAAGUAGUUGAACGCGUUUAAGAAACGUUUCGUUUCCCAUGUAACGGAUGCCUACACGGUUAUCGAUUGAUCGCCGGUCAUCGCUCAUCGUCCGCGUUUUCUUCCCUCAAGUCGCUCCCUACAGAAACGCUUCCUCCCCCUGCACAGCUAACGAAAAGUCGGCCUAAACUCUCAGCGUCGUGCCUUUUGACUGGCAAACGAAAAUCGAGCGCGGUACGUGUAUACAAUAAAAAGCGCUAAAAACGAAACAACAUACAAAAAAAAAAAAAAGAAAAAGUAGCAAAGGCGAAGCUACAUAAAGAAUCGAUUCAAGAAGAGAGAAAAGAAGAAAAGGAGAAAAAUAAAAGACACUUAAUUUUUAAUCGAUUCGAAAGCCAGCCCGGUUAAAUCCGGUGAAAAUUGUGACAUAUAUGAUGGCGGUGUGCAUGUUCUGGCUUCUCACGUACGUGGGACAAGGGCUGGACCUGGCCGUGGGGAAUCGUCCGGUGAUCAUCAUGCAGGGUGCACAGGAGCAGGACUACCGGCACGGUAGCGGGAUCAGAAAGAAGAGCGAGCUAAACUCGGUAGGCAAUAACCUGUUGCACUUCAGGAUAUAUCCUCCCGAGGCCUCUCACCGAGACGACCUGUCCAACUGGUUGCUAUUGAACGACGAGCCACGGAUCUCCUCGUGGACACCAGCUGGUAUAUUGAUCGACGAUAUGAUCAGAGAGCCUAGGGAGCUACAGACUGUAUUCUUUGCCCUGUCACCCGCUAUGUUGAACAUGCUCUACUCGGAAUACAUGAACACGGCGACACAACCGGGCGAACAAUUUCUACACGAGGAUCAGCAACAACAGCCAAUGGGCGGUGGCCCUCUGGGUAAUCAACGUACUAAGAAGCUACGAAUCGACUGUAGACACUCGAGAAAUACGGUCAGCCUGCCUAUAAGAGUAUGCGACGACGAAACAGGACGCAAGAGCUUUCAAGAAACCAGACAAUCGAACUACGACGACCUCUUCGAGCAGAAGUUAAACACUGCUGCGAACAUGAAGACUGACUCGAUAUCACGGGGACCUGAGAAGUACAGGGAUUAUCAGAACGGCGCGACGUUUAUGUCGAGGCCGCCGUUUGGCCUGGACACAGCCAAGCCUCCCGGAAAGAGGAGCCAAACUCUUGUCGGACGCCGCUCCAUCGACCUCUCCGGAGACUCGACUCCGCAUCAAGCUCAACCGCCGUCCUCCCUCGGGAACGGCAUCAACGUCGCUUCUCAAAUUAUGUUCAGAUCUACCAGGGGAAGCAUACAGUACGACGUACCGCAAAUCGAAUGUCCAAUCUCCGAAGACGGGAUGGAAAGGUUUGCGUGUCCCACAGCGGACAGAAUGGGUAGAUACCAUUGCAUCGACGAUCACGCCUUGUGCGACGGUUUCAUAGACUGCCCUACAGGCGAAGACGAGGACAGGCAAGCCUGCAUGUUUUACAAAACUACGAAAGCUCACCUUGACGUAUUGGCAGAUGCCAUUUUGCGAUGGGCAAGAGGACGCUAAUUCCUUUGUUGACGAUGAACCUCUGACCUAUGCAUAAAAUCAUAAGUCUGACGAGUUUACUUCUUUAUACAUUCACGUAUAUAUAUAUAUAUAUAUAUAUUUAUACAUAUAAUAUAUAUAUAUUUGUAUAUAUAUAAUAUAUGUAUAAUAUAGCAUAUAAUAUGUAUAUGAUAUAUUCCCAUGUAUGUGUACGUGUACUCACACUCUUGCGUACCCGCACACAUAUUCAGGGUUUUCGUUUCGUUGCUAGCGGACGUUUCUCUUGCGAGCAGUUCCAGAGGGGGAUGAAGGCAGUUGAGGUAAUUCUUCCUUACUUUUCGCAGAAAAAUGCGAUAAAAGAGAAGGAAACUUAUUAACAAGGUCAAAACUAAUUGUUGGAUUUCGAUUGAAAAAAGAUCGGGUAUGAAAUGAAUAAUCCCAAAUAAUUGGACUUAGAUGUGAAAUUGUGGAUUCGGUGCAGUUUUGAAAAUAAAGAAACGAUAGCUUAUUUGAUGUAUUCGUUUAAUUCGAACGAACAUGUACUUUCAAAAUUCUUCGACAGUUUUGCAAGCGCAAUAUUAAAAUAUUUGCAUCUUUCUAAAUGUAUCAUUUUGAUCUAAUUGGUAUCCCUGCUAUAAAGAAAAGGCUUUAUUAAAAUUGAAUAUAUUGAAACCUCCAGGAUAAAACGAAAGGAGAAAUCAUUAGACUGCUAUGCUAAAUGCUUAUGUACUUAUGAGACACAAGAAUGCUCGCAAAAGACACAGCAUUCUAAAACACAGAUUGCCUCGAACCUCUGUUUAAAUUGUACUUCUUCAGUUGCAUUCGUGAAGAUAUGAAUCCGUAGAAACAUCCGCACUCUAAAAAUCAUUUAGUCUCCAAAAAACGGAACGAGAGGAGAGAAUCUGGAUCUAUCAUCGAUCUACGGUGCUUCUAAAAAUUUUUUAAAAUUCUUCUAAAAUUCCAAGAAAACCUAACGUCACACGAAUCUGACCCUAGCGAAAUCGCAUUCCAAAUUCCACGAACAACUUCACGAAUCACUGGAAUUACUUUACGCGGUCACGUUUCACCGUGGAUGCGACUGCAAAGCAUCCCCUCCUAUAUUCUCGGCGAUUUAAUCCGCUCGCAAAAGGAACGCGUGCUGACUAGAAGACGAAUAUCCUGCUCGCAUUCUCCCCGUUCUCCCGCAUCAUCUAUUUUGCAGAGAGUUUUCCCUUUCUCCCGUGUAUAACCGUAAAGGAAAACACACACACACACACACACACACACACAGACAUACACACACAAACACAAACACAUAAUGAGAGAUAGAGAGAGCUUGCGUGUGUGCAUGCGGAAACGUGUGAAAGAAAGAGAGAGAGAGAGAGAGAGAGUGCGCGCGCGAGAGUGAGAUGUUCACGUUGAAAUCAAACUCAGGGGAACGUAAAGAUGAAUCGUCUCUCGAGCAACACUCAGCCAAAAAAUAUGGCGGAUCCGUGCUCGAUUCUUCGAGGGGUGCGGAUUGAUUCUGACGCGGCCUCGUUUACACGCGUUCGCUACGUAUUCUCCCGCGAGAAUAUCGCUGAAUCGAUAAUAUUUCGAUAGACAGGCCGUUGCUUGUUAAUUAAAUGGACGUGUUCUGCGGCUUGACGUUUAGAAGAUGAUAGCGAAGCCAGGAAGUUGCGAUACGUUUGCCGCGAUUAACGCGAGCUUUCGACUGGUUCGGUGAUACGUUCUGAGAUACAUACUGUUGAUGGAUGACCGGAAGAGGGAUAUCGCGCGAUUCUAUCGUGAAACUUGUUCGUUCGAUUUUUCUUUCUUUUUUUUUUUCCUUACAUAGAAUCGCAGAAUUGAUCGGAGUUACGGCGGAUCAAUUGUGGAGAAUUUCCGAAUUAUUAAAGUUUGUGUUAAAGAUAUCGAAAUUAUUGGAGUAUCUGAGAAGUUUAAGAAUUUUUCGUGUUAUUAUUAUUCGUAGAAAUCUUUGAGUAUUUUAUCGUUAUACGGUUCGUCGCAAAAAAUAGUCGAACAUUGUAAAAAUAACGAAGCAGAGGCAUCGUAUCGAGGAAAAUGUUCUAUUUUAUUCAAAACACGUUUCUCUUGUGGCGAUACAACGAUUUGCACCCUCAACUAAUGCGUCAAAUAAUUGUUGCGCGUCUUUUUAUGGAAUUCCUUUGAGAAUGCUCGUCACAGCCUUCCGGAUGUCUCGAAUGUUGUCACAGCGUUUCUCCUUCGUUGUUGUUCGAAGCCGAGGAGAUAGAAAGUAAUUGCACGAUGCUAAGACCGGCGAAUAGAGUAGCUAGUGCAAUAUUUUAAUUUAUUUGUUUUCAAGAGAAGCAGUUAUGGCCGCUGCAUUAUGAGCCGCUGCAUUAUUAUAUAUAUACAUUAUUGCACAAUAACACCAUAUUUUUCCGCGCGUGAACCAACUCUACUCCAAUGUUAGUUGUUAUAAUUCUGCUCCUAAUGAUGACGAUGACGAAGGGUGUAUUUCUAUGUGAUCAAAUUUUCGUAUUGAUGUCGCUACUGGGUUUUUUUUUAAAUCUUAAGUAGCUCCGUUAUUUUUGGAACAGACUGUGUAUUUUUAUUCUACCUUUUGGUAAAAUUGUAAAAUGUAGCAGGAUGCUGGAAGAUUUGAAAAUUAUUAGAGUUUGUUAAAAAUAUUGGAAAUAUUGGAAUAUUUAAUUGUCGAUGUUAUUAUUAUUUGUGAAAGCAUUAGUGUAUUUUGAGAAUGUAUAAUUUUGUGUCGUUUUAAAAGACUUUGGAAGUAAUUUGUUGCGGAUAUUGAAACUGUUGGAACAUUUAGAAAAUUCUUUUAUUACUAUAGGAGAUUUUUGAAAGGUUGAAUGUUUCAAAGUAAUUUAUUAUUAUUUUUCUAUUGUUUGAAAGAAUUGGAAUUAUUGAUAGACUGUUUAUCUAAAAUUGAGAAUUAGCUUGGUGUAGAUGUUGGAAAUAUUGAGAAAUUUAAGAAGUUAGUAUAAUUAUUCGGUUUGUAAAAUACUUCGUUGUAAAUGUUGAAAAUUUUGAAGUAGACAUUUUACGAAACAUAUUAAAAUUAGUUUUCCGUAUUCUUUUAGGAUAAUUAUGAGCUUAGUACGAAUAUUAUAUAUAAACAAUUUAUACGUUGGUUUCGUAGAAAAGACAUUGAGAAAUUGAAAUGUCUGUUCUUUAGUAAAAUCCUUUCAAAUUAAUUUAAGUUAUUUAUACAAGAUUUAUAACUUCAUUUAUUUCAUCGAGAAUCUCAGCGUUUUAUUCUUUUGUACAAUUUCUUGAAGUAAAGGUAUAAAACGAAAAUCUUUUAUGAAUAAUUUUUCUCUCCUGUUAGAAUUCUACAAUUUCCUGUCAUCGAGAACGAACGAUCAAUUUUCUUGCUGUCGGAAACCCAUUUCUACGUCCAGAAUCAUCUGUCACUACAAGGGAAAGAAUUUCAUCUGUCAUUUCGGACAGGAUUUCGUUGUUCUCUGACACUGUUUUCCAACACGAUACCUCCUACAUCUAACGACUAUGUAAUUUAUGAAAAAUAAUGACAAUGAUUAAUCUCGAAUUAAUAAUAAUAAUGAAUUGUACAUCUCUCGAUUAACGAAUUGUUGUUUACAAAUUAGAUAACAGAAACAGAUGCAUAAAUUCACCUUUUUUUGCUGACAAAAAUCUACAUAAAAUAUAUAUAUAUUGCGAUAUAAGGGCGGGAAACGAUUAAAAGUAUUUGCUCGAAUAAUUAUAGUACAAGGUUAACAAUUUAAUCACUUUAAUCCAAAAAUCUCUCAUUCAAAAUAUAUUUUAAAAUAUGAGAACCUUCCUCGAUUUCCUCGUUCACUGAAGAGCAGGAAAAGUAAUCUAUUGAGAUUAAAGAUUAUUAAAGAUUAAAAAAUAAUUGCGUUCUUUUCUCUCUUAUCUAUUUUUCAUAUUUAUUUAUUGUAACUAAUUAAUUAUUAUUCUCUUAAUUUAUACUAAAUUUUAAUACUCACACGAGUACGAAAAUUCCUUUUACGAUAUUUGCAUGAAACGGAUGAAUAUUGUUGGUGGUAUAUUUCUAUUGACCGAAAUUUACGCUUCCUGUUAUAAAGUCUCUAUCAACCGAAAUGUAGCCUCAAUUUAAACAUCCUCAGAAGUGAAUCCCUAUUAAAAGUUUGCCACCAACCAAAAUUUACAUUCAAUUUAGAUACUACUAAUAGAAAUACACGAAUUUCUGUUACGAAGUUUUUAUCAACUGAAAUUUACAUCAAAUUUGGGCACUAUAGAAAUAAGAUUCUACUAAAUCCUCUG